UCCAUUAAGGCCCGCCUUAAUUAGCUCUUGAAGCACAUUAUCAUUUUGGAGGCUAACCAUGAAGAAGUCUAAUAGCUUUUGUUGUUAUUGUUUGGUUAUGAUUUUCUUUACGUGUUUUCUUGCUUCAAGGUCUCAACUAACUUCGGAUUUUUAUAAAACGACAUGUCCAAAUGUUCUUAGUAUUGUGCGGAAAGAGGUGCAAAAUGCUCUCAAGACUGAAAUGCGAAUGGCUGCUUCUUUGCUUCGGCUUCACUUCCAUGAUUGCUUUGUAAAUGGUUGCGAUGCAUCAAUACUGUUGGAUGGAAGUGAUGGUGAGAAAUUUGCCCCUCCUAACAAAAAUUCGGCUAGAGGAUUUGAAGUUGUGGAUCGAAUCAAAAGCUCAGUGGAGAGUGCAUGCAGUGGUGUUGUAUCUUGUGCUGAUAUAUUAGCCAUAGCUGCUCGAGAUUCUGUGCUCUUAAGUGGAGGACCUACCUGGAGGGUUCCAUUGGGCAGAAGAGAUGGACUAGUGGCAAACCAAUCUGGAGCAACCGAUGGGCUUCCUAGUCCAAUCGAGGCACUAGACAAAAUCAUUACCAAGUUUGCAAAUGUAGGUCUCAAUGUCACAGAUGUGGUGUCCUUAUCAGGAGGUCAUACAAUUGGACAAGCAAGGUGUAUCACCUUCAGCAAUAGGUUGUCUCCUCCAGACAGUACAAUGGAAACAAGCAUGAUGUCCGAUUUGCAAACUUCGUGCCCCUCGAACAGUGAUGGAAACAAUACAGUAGCCCUGGACCGAAACUCAAUUGAUGCAUUCGACAACCACUACUUUCAGAACUUGGUCAAUUCAAAGGGCCUUCUUAGUUCCGACCAAAUUUUGUUCUCCAGUGAUGAGGCCACUACGACAACCAAAAGCUUGGUCCAAAGUUAUAGCACUAAUUCUGAUCUUUUCAAGGCUGACUUUGCAAAUUCCAUGAUCAAGAUGGGGAAUAUAAGUCCACUUACUGGCUCAAGCGGAGAGAUCCGCAAGAACUGCCGGGUGGUGAAUUCAUAAACUCUGCAAAAUCUGUAAUCCCACAUAAUAUAGUUGGACUUGGUAUAUAUUAAAAUAAUUUGGGGCACGCAUGUAAUGCAUAGUACGUAUAAUGGAGGCUCCAUUGGUUUUGAUGAUCAGAAAAAAUGCAUAUCAUGCAUUGGCAGCAACCAUAUAUAUGCUUUUGGUAAUAGCUAAUAAUCAGUGUGAUUCAAAGACGUACUGUUUAUAUAUAAUUACCAUUUGGAUA